AUGAAGCUCACCACUGGCCUUUGCGUCCUCGCCGCCUUCCUGGCGCUGGGGAUCUCGCGCUCGGUCGCAACGCCGCCCCAGAGGGUCGCCUACUCGGUCCCCGGCGGAGGCCGACUGAUUGCCGGCGAGCUCUUCCGCGGCGACCCCUCGGACAGCGACUUCAUCGUCGACGGCGGCGCCCAGAACCUCAUCUGCUACGAGCAGCCGAGCGGCAAAGGUACCUGGAACAUCCACCACAACGGCAAGCCCAUCUGGAACAGUCCUGCCAAGAUUGGCCAGACCGGACAAGACGACAUCGGCGCCUGUCAGACUCCCGCAUCGUCGGGCGGAGCCUACCAGGCUUACAUGUCCGGUUCGGCCCCCGGAUAUCAGCUGACCGUGAACGGCGCUUUCAAGACCACCAGCCUUCAGCCGGGAGAGCCCACUGCCUCUUGA